AUGCAGUGGAUGGCAGUUACCAAGAACAUCUCUGGGAAUUCUUUUAUACCUAGGAUGAUGCAUUUCAAUGUAACGAUAGAUCCUCACUCACCAGAAAGAAGGAUAUACGGAACAUUCUCCACCGUCUCAUCCGUAACAUCUCCCCCAACGCUCGACAUGAUUCACCUGCGCAACGUGAGAUUAUUCUUCAGCGAUGACAAGGCAAGUGUCAGUGAUAGGGUGGUGAAUACAAUGACGAAGAUUGUUGUCAGUGAAGAAGUCAAUGGUGGUGACAAUAUGACAAGUGAAAUGACUCCUGAUCGUGACGAAAUCAACAAUUGGUGGGCAAUGAUCGCUAUUGUGCUUGUCGUUGGUACUGCUGCUGGUAACAUAUUGGUGUGCCUAGCUAUAACGUGGGAGAGAAGGUUGCAAAAUGUUACCAACUACUUCCUCAUGAGUCUCGCUAUCACUGAUCUCAUGGUGGCUAUUCUCGUGAUGCCGCUCGGUAUUCUGACCCUAGUGAGAGGGUAUUUUCCGCUGCCAGCGAUGUACUGUCUCGCCUGGAUCUGUCUGGACGUACUUUUCUGCACAGCAAGCAUAAUGCACUUAUGUACGAUAAGUGUCGACAGAUACUUGAGUCUGCGUUAUCCGAUGAAAUUUGGACGAAACAAAACGCGGAAACGUGUGACCCUCAAGAUUGUUUUCGUCUGGCUGCUCAGCAUCGCCAUGAGUCUUCCGCUCAGUCUCAUGUACUCGAAGGAUGACGCCUCCGUGCUGGUCGAUGGUGAUUGUCAAAUACCCGAUCCACUCUAUAAGCUAAUUGGUAGCAUCAUAUGCUUCUACAUCCCUCUCGGUGUUAUGUUACUGACAUACGCACUAACAGUUCGCCUAUUGGCGGAACAGCACGAGAGUCUGAGUGGUGCACGGCCAAAAGGUUUCGACCGACAAAGUACAUGGCGACGGCUGUUGGGUAACAGAGAAAAUGGGGCAAGUAGUGAGAUACCACAGCACACAUCUGCAGCAUCAACCGACACCGAGCCAACAACAUUAGACACACACGAUCUUUGGUUACCAGAGAGUGAACCACCACCAUCGGCAAUGGCGGCAUUACGUGCAUUUGGCGCUGAAAUGCUGAAACUAUCGAGAGGUUUGGAAGGUGGUGCACCAUUUGGACUUGGGCAAGCAUCGAUCGCCACAUCAAGAUCAAUCACACAACAGCAGGAGUAUGAACUAUCUACUCAGCUGCGUUCCAGCUUCAGAGUUGGGAGCGGUGGAAGUGCAGCCAGCAGUGAAGCAGGCUCAAAGGUUAGUUUAACAACAUUCCAGGAUGAGGCUAACCAACCAACACCCUGGAGAUCACGGAGACGUGCAUAUACUUACAACGAGGCAUAUCUUCAAAGAGUUAUGCUGGAUUCGCCCAAGGAGUUGCGCAAAAGAACCUUCAGUUUUGACUCAAGCGAGUUGUUAAGGGCACCGCCCACACUCUCCAAGAAUGUCGCGAGGACUGAGAUUUAUCGGGAGAAUUCGAAAACUGGGGAGAGGAGAGAUGUCACUCUCCCCACAAGAUGCACAUGUCCGUACUUCGGGGAAUCUUCAAAGAGGCCUUUCUCCCAGAGUGGAAAGGAAGUCGUCAUCAUCUCAGGCGAUAAUUUCAAGUCAAUCAACAAAACAUCGGAAGUUGGCUUGCAUCGGAAUCCGAGGAGUGAGUCCAAGAAUUGCGAGACAGCCAACUCCGUCGUAACGUGGAGGACCGGGAGGAGAGGCUCGAUGAUUGGCAGCACAAGAACUGUGCGAACGCCUUCGCGACCCGGUGAACUUCGUCGAGCAGCGACACUGAGAGCACAAACAACAUCAACGAUAUUAUCAAAGAGAGAUGCAUCCUCACCCUGUUUAUUGAGAUACACAAGCAGUGUGCGAGACCAUCAUUCACGUACAAGCAGUGUUAUAUCCAGAAAUAGCUCGAGACAUGGUAGGAUCAUAAGACUUGAGCAGAAAGCUACUAAAGUACUGGGUGUUAUAUUCUUCACAUUUGUGGUACUUUGGUCACCAUUUUUUGUCCUUAAUCUCAUACCAGCUGUGUGUCCAGACUGUGAAAAACAGAUUAAUAAGAAGAUAUUUGAUCUUGUCACGUGGCUGGGUUAUGCAAGCUCCAUGAUAAAUCCUAUUUUCUAUACAAUUUUUAAUAAAGUCUUCAGGCAAGCCUUCAAGAAGGUACUUAUGUGCCGAUAUAGAGAAUCAUCAUGACGAACAACAAGGUAGGUGGGGUAUGGGCGACCCGUUGUUGUCGUCACUGAAGUAUGAAGCUUUGCUCGUACCGCCUGAUUUCUUCGGAAAUUGGCUUAGUUAAGAUGUACUAGAUUUGGUGGGAACGUGCAAACAGUUGUGGAAGUACGGGUGAAAUGUGAGAGAGGCUCAGAGUGCAGGAGGCAAAAUAAAUACGCGGAAAAAGCGAUAGAUCAAAAUAAAAUGUGAAAUCACCUUUGUCGCCUUCUGUGAAGGGGAGGAUGGAGAACCGAAUUUCUGGAUACAUUGAGCGAAGGAACAAUCUCUGUACAUUUAGCAAAACAACCUAUUUUUAGAGACUAUAUGAUACUCUAGAUUAUUGUUACUGCAAUCACUUUACUCGUUGAUAACGAUUAUUUGUGACUAGCCUACUAGGGGAUAAUGUGGAACUUUCAAUUACUAGUAUGUCGUGAUUAAUGAUGCAAAUUUUUUUAUAGUAUUGGUUAUAUUUUCAAGACUGGUGUUUGAUAUCUGAGGUACUAACCAAUUGCUGAGGAAUCAAGUAGUUGUAGAGAAUAGUUUCAGCGCGUUAUAUUAAACAAACAUGAAGUACGAAUUAGUGAAUUAUCAUGUGACAAAUCUGCGAAAAAGACGAAAAAACAUUGUUGUGCGAUAUCAUAAUAGAGAAUAGAAUACCCGUGAGAAAGCCAAGACGAUCAUUGCGAUAAUCGAGAUAAAAAUGUAGCAAUGAAAUCAUUAGCUGUCCGUUGAUUGAUUGAAUUCAAACGAACUGC